ACAUGCUUUCCGUUUUUUAUUUUGAAGCAUAAAAAAAGUUCAGUUUCCCCAACGGUCAUCAGAGGCACCAAAUUUUGACGUAAAAAUCACUUUCACACAACUAGAAAGUCUAAAACUUCACUCUUCACUUCACAAUAAAUAAAUAAAUAAGAAAAAAAAAAGAAACCCUAAGAAAAAAAUCCCAUUUCAUCUAUGGCUUCUCUGCAAGGAUCGUUUUCUGCAAUUUCCGCAAUUUGCUCGACCUUCUCUUCCUCGUCGUCAUCGUCUUUGACGGGAGUUUCUUUCGUUAGAUUGCCGGAGUAUGAACGGAGGAAUUCCGGCAACCGGAGAAACCGUCGUAGAAUGGCCUGUAGAGCAAUGGUUCAGCAAGCGGUACAGGGAGGAGCUCCGGCUACUUAUGCUAGAGAGAUGGAACGACUUUCUGCUAAGGAAUCUCUGCUUCUUGCUUUUAAGGAUGCUGGGGGUUUUGAGGCUUUAGUCACGGGAAAGAUAACAGAUAUGCAAAGAAUUGAUGUGAAUGAGAGGAUAACUGGUCUUGAGAGGCUCAAUCCAACACCAAGGCCCACAACGUCCCCCUUUUUGGAAGGUUGAUGGAACUUUGAGUGGUUUGGAUCUGGAAGCCCUGAACUUUUUGCUGCUAGAGUCAUAUUGGAGAGAUUCCCUUCAACAUUUGCAAAUUUUUCAAAAAUGGAUUUGCUUCUUAAGGAUGGAUAUGCAAAAGUUACAGCACACUUGAAACUGCUUAACUCGAUAGAAAGCAACUUUAUUCUUUCCACCAGGGUAUCUGUUGAGGGACCACAACGAAUGAAAGAAGAAUAUGUUGAGGGGAUACUUGAAUCACCAACUGUUGUCGAAGAAACAAUACCACAACAGUUAAAAGGUGCAUAUAGUCAGGCUCUUACUACCGUUCAGCAGCUUCCAGUUCCUAUAAGGGAUGCAGUGGCCAGUGGACUGAGAGUUCCUCUGAGUGGGACAUUCCAGAGACUGUUCAUGAUAUCUUAUCUUGAUGAAGAGAUCCUUAUAAUAAGGGAUACUGCUGGAAUACCCGAAGUUCUUACCAGGUUGGAUACACCCUCUUCUAGCAUGGUGGAAACUAACACCGACUAUGUGAGUUAGGGAGUCAUAUACAUGUGUUGGAACUGUGUCUUUUGUUUUUAUUUCUAAUAAAGUUUUUGUUGCAAUAAAAUUACAAGGGAAGAUUAAGCGUUGUAAUUCAAUCUAAUGUAGUCAUCUCUUUUUUAAUUUGUUCAAAAUUCCAUUAUCGUAUAGGUAAAUUUAAAGGCAAAUAUUGUACCAAAUUCUUGAAUACUACAAGGAAAUUCAU